AUGAAUUUCAUUAUAUUAAUUUCAAUUCUAGCAUUUUUUAAAAUAGCUUUUUCGCAUCCUACCAGAUCACUUGAAACAUAUUCUGUGGGGGAACAAGAUUUGUUCAGUCCGAUAACUGAACGAGACUCAGAAAGCAAUAAUGGCGGUACUAUUUCAUUAUCUUUAAACAAGGUACAGACAGGUGUGUAUGUGACUACUAUAACUGUUGGAACUCCUCCCCAGUCGGUAUUAGUUACUUUUGACACAGGUACAUCGGAUACAUGGGUAAGGUUAUUCAAUUCAACCGAUUGUAGAAAUUCAGAUGAGCCAUGUUAUAUAACGGAGAAGAUAUUUUUUGAUUCUCCUAAGUCCACGUCCUUCAAAUCUUUGGAUAGUGGCUUUAGCAUGAUAUAUGGUGCUGGAGAGAUUAAUGGAACUUGGGCUAAGGAUAAUUUUCAAAUCGGUGGUAUUGACAUCAAAUCGUUUCAGUUUGGUGCUGGAGAUGAAUCUAGAGACUUGCCUAUGAUAUAUGGUCUAGUUGGGCUAGGCUUAAAAAAUUUUGAAAGCACUUAUACUUUCGAAUAUGGAAUCAAAUUUAAAGUCAAAAAUACUUACUAUAAUACGGGGAAACGUUAUGUUUAUGAUAAUUUUCCUGCAAGACUCAAGAAAGACGGGAGUAUCAAAAAGAAUUGCUACUCAGUGUAUUAUCCGAAUAGUGGAAAUAGCAACAGCGGAAUCAUAUUUGGUGGUGUGGAUACUGCAAAAUAUGAUUCGCUCAUCACGGUGCCUAUUAUUCAGAAGGCUGUUGGAGACUGGUCUGACUAUAAUGAAGCAUCUAUGUUAGCAGUUGAUUUGGGUCAAGUAUAUGUGACAUAUGGCAAUUAUAAGCAACCUAUUCUCGGGAAAAACUAUCCAACAUUGAUUGAUACACUUACAUACUUGACUGUAGCCCCUGCUGCCGUUGUUGAAAACCUAGCAACUCUACUAGGUGGAAAAUAUUAUGCAGACAUAUACGGAAUAGUUUACAAUUGCAACAAUGAUAUCAAAUUAGGAUUUGAAUUUAGUGGAAGUACUGUGUUUGCGCCGGCUGUCAAACUCUCCGACAAAUCAGGUAUUUCUUGCAUUUUCCCUAUCACGACGAAUGAAGAUGAUUAUAUGAUCCUAGGAGGAAAGUUUCUAACUCAGUUUUAUACUUUCUUUGAUAUUGAUGAUCUCCAGAUUUCUAUUGGAAACUACAAAGAAUCCAACAAAAAAACGGUACAGGCUAUUGAUGUAAACGAAAAAGCACCGAACACAAAGAAAGUAAAAAACUAUUCCAGUACAUUCAACUAUUCUAAAUCUGAUAAGAUUUCGGUCAAUUAUACAAGUGCCAUUUAUAAGAAAGGAGGUCAUGGAAGUGCAUCAUUCUUCAAUAAUUUGUGGAAUUCCAGCAUGUAUGCUUUGAGUCAAGCUUGGGCUUAUUUAAGAAAUUGGUUCAAUAACAAAUUUUCGUGA